UAAGAAAUGCAAUGCGUACAUACAUAAUCUGCAUAAUCAAUGUAAACGUUUUGUUCAUUUAUUUACUUGUCAAGGCAGUGGCGGCCGGGUGGAAGUUGGGGGGUGGGGGUGAUUAUUGUGAGAAACGAGGAGAAGGAGGAGGAGGGUCUUAUCACCGAAGAUGGAAUUUUUCAGAAUUUCUGGGGGGCAAAUGCCCCCCUGUCCCCUCGAUUCUGCCGCCCCUGUCUCCUGGCUGCCUGGCGAGGGAAGAAAGAAGUAGAAUGCGACGUAGUUUCUAGUUUCUUCCUCAAUCGCGUCGAACGAGUUGGAGCGUAAACGUCGCAUUUUGUUCUUCUCUCAUCUAAACGUUCUCCAGAAACAAUUGGUCGAAUUAUUUACAAAUUUACGAAAUUUGCCCCUUGAUUUUCUGGGAAUAAGAAGUCCACCCACAGGAAAUAACUGAAAUUCGCAAUGAAUCCUUCCGAAGGUAGCAGUCCGGAAGAACGUGUCACGGCGAGAGGUCGGUCCCGUCCCCGAAACGUUCCUCAGCCCGCUGUACAACUUGGCCCCGUCGACCCGUACGCGCCUCCCCCCAUGGAAAUCGAGCCAGCCGGUAAUGCCGCUGGGGGACCUGGAUUUGACCAACUGAUCUCUGAAUAUCGGGCCGAUAGUAGCAAUGGAAAUGGUAGCAGUAAUGGGAGUGGAAAUGGAAGUGAAGGGGGGCGUGAGGGCUCGUCCAGCCCGGAAGAGCAGGCCUUUGCGAGAGGAAGAGGUCGUGGAGGUCGCUCAAGAGACGAACCCAGGGUCGCACGGCAGCACGAAUCGCGUUUCGGCCGAGGACUUGAAGAACUUCGCACCCGAGCCGAAGGUUGGAACAAAAUGGGAAAAUCCGGCACUGUUCAACGCUUUUUCGUCAACUAUUUCCAACUCCAGAUGAAAAAGACUAUCGAAUUUCGCCUCUAUCUCGUCAACUUUGACCCGGAAAUCGACCACAUCCCGAAACGGAAGGCACUCCUUCGAAUGCGAGAGGCCGACAUUGGACCGUACCUCUUCGAAGGGACACAACUCUUCACUACGCGAAUCAUCCCCAUUGAAAAUCUCCGCUUUGAAGCUUCCUUCCCCGACAAACCGGACGACGUUUGGACCGUUAACAUUGAUUUCAUUCGCCAAUGUGACCGCCGGGAGCCCGUCGUCACCCAGUUGUACAACGUCCUCCUCAAAAAGGCGCAAGAAACCCUGGCACUCACCCUGCUUGGCCGCUUCUACUUCGAUUCCGAACAGAAAAUCGACAUUCGCCAACACCGCCUCCAACUCUGGCCGGGUUUCGUCACCUCGAUCCGCCAAAUGGAACGAGACGUGUACCUCAACGUGGAUCCAACCUUCAAAGUUUGUCGAACCGAGACUGUCUUCGACCUUAUGAAAGAAAUGCGUCAAACGUCCCGAAACUUCAAGGGGGACAUUGAAGCCGCCGUGAUUGGAACUGUCGUGAUGACCACGUACAAUAAGAAAACGUACAAAAUCACCGGGAUCAAUUGGGACAUCCGGCCGACAGGGUCGUUCACCGUGUCACGUGGAGGAGUCGAGAGUCAGGUCACGUUUGUGGAAUAUUUUGAAAAGAAGGGGAUUCGCCUUAACGCGUCGCAACCGAUGUUGGUGUCCGCCCCGACGAAAAGGGAUAUUCGUCGAGGCGACGUCGGGGAUAAGAUUCUUCCUCCAGAGAUUUGCUACCAGACCGGAUUGAAUGAUGAGAUGAGGUCUAAUUUCCGGUUGAUGAAGGAUUUAGCGGGGCAUUUGCAUAUGCAGCCGCAACAAAGGAUUCAGCAAACUGUCCAGUUUGUAAGGAGGAUGAUUGAAAGCGAGGAGGUGACUUCUGAACUGCUUGCGUGGGGAAUGCGGAUUCAAGGCGUUCCGUGCGAAGUUCCAGGACGCUUGUUGGACCAAGAAUCUAUUCGUUUCAAGUCGGGCCAGGCUAUUGCUGGUGAAGCAGCCGAUUGGACGAUGGCUUUUAGAACGAAUCAGAUGUUGUUGGCUAAGCCAAUGCAAAGAUGGGCGAUUGUGUAUCCGAACAGAGAUUCCGAUGGGAUUGAUAAUCUUUUGAGGACAAUGGACCGUGUCGGCCGACCGCUUGGAUUCCCUGUUGGCAAUCCGAUACAGGUUCGAAUCACCACAACAAAUGAGCACGCCUACACGGAGGAGAUUGAGCGGCUCGUCGAAGGAAAUCAGGGCCGUCUCGAUCUAAUCAUGAUUAUCCUUCCAAAUCCAAACUUAUCCGUGUAUGCCGCCGUUAAGAAGGCGUGUUCCCUGAAUUAUGGGAUCCCGUCGCAGUGCUUUCUGUCCAAAAAUGUGACGAGCAAGGGGCUAAUGUCAAUCAGUACGAAGCUGGUUAUUCAGAUGAACGCCAAGUUGGGUGGACAACCUUGGGGCCUAGCGAAUCCUCUCAAGGGAUUGAUGGUCAUUGGAUUUGACGUACAUCACGGAGGUGGGCGAAGUUACGGCGCAAUGACGGCAACCACGUCGCAGAACAUGGCGUCCUAUUUCUCAACGGUGCUCACCUUAUCGCCCGGUCUUGAAAUGGCAGGCGAAAUUGGACUCGCAUUGCGAAAGUGUCUUCAAGCAUAUCGAGCCAGGAACGAUGGAGAAUUUCCGGCUCGAAUAAUGUUCUACCGAGACGGCGUGGGUGAGGGACAGCUUCGAUACGUGGUGGAAACUGAACUGGUCGCAUUGCAGAGCGCUAUCACCGACUAUUAUGGGGACCAAGAUGCACCCAAAUUUUCCAUGGUCAUUGUAACCAAGCGGAUCAAUACACGCAUGUUUCUCGCCGUGGGAAAGGACAACAGGGUCGCAAAUCCUCCUCCUGGAUCAAUUAUCGACGAUAUUAUUACCUGUCCAGAGAAGUAUGACUUUUACCUUGUUCCACAAACGGCUCGUCAAGGCACCGUGUCACCCGUUGGAUUCAACAUAAUUCACGACACGUCUGGGCUAGAUGCCGAUAAAAUGCAGCGCUUUUCCUUCAAGCUCUGCCACGGAUACUUCAACUGGAGUGGGACCGUGGCCGUCCCAGCGCCUUGCCAAUACGCCCACAAACUCGCCUUCUUGACCGGCACGGCUCUCCUGAACGAAGCUCGGGAGCCUCUUCUCAACAAUUUGCAUUAUUUGUAAUCACUGCAAAUUAAAAUCCUAACAAAACUUUAGAUUUAGUUGAAACCCUGGCGAGUUUUAAAACAUUAAUGAAUUGUUACUUAUUUGGAAGUCAUGAAUUGUUACUCAAUUUUCAAAUACUCAAAUUUUCGUUUAGUUUCUAAUAAUUUUGGUAAUUUAUUAUUUCUAUUUUACUCAUUUGAAAGUAUGCAUGCUAAUAAUUCUGUUUGAAUUCUUGUCAUAAUUUGUCAAGUCAUAAAUUAUUGACUCAUUUGACUUCGGUCUUAUAUAUUUGUGAUAAUUGUAGUAACACAAAUUAAGAUACUCGUAAGUUAUAGAUCUGGUCUAAACCUUAUAAUCAUUAAUGUAUAAUCAUUAAUGAAUUGUAACUCAUUUAUAAGUCAACUUGUUCCGCUGUUUCAUGAGUUUCUAAUAAUUUUGAUAAUUUAUUAUCCCCAUUUUACUAGAAGAUAUCUAUGCAAAGGUUUCAUUUUUCAAUUCAAAAAGAAUGGGUUCGCUUGCCUACGGUCCUAUAUUUUUAAAAGGUGGGUUAAAAGGUUAUUUUUAAAAUUGUAGUUAUCACACAAAUUAAGAUACUCGUAAGCUACAAAUAGAUUUAGUUUAAACCCACGGGUUUUAAAACAUUGAUGAAUUGUUGCCCAUUUGGAAGUAAAAUUUUCGUUAAUUGUCUAAUAAUUUGGAUAAUUUAUUAUUGCUAUUUUACUUAUUUGGAUGUAUUCAUGCAAACAAUUUUGUAUGAAUUUUUGUCAUAGUUUGUCAAAUCACAAACUAUUAUACAUUUAUCUAAAAGGUGACAAUUGUAUAGUCACUACAAAUUUAAAUACUCCUAAAUUAUAGAUUUAGUUUACUUACCCCUGUGAGUUUAAGCCAAUGAUAUUAUACUAAAGUUGAGCAGAAUAUGUACUGUGCGGAUGGAGCCUAAUGGUGAAAAACCGUAGGCCUCCGGACAGGAUAGUUGGUUGGAGAGAGGAGAAAUGAAUGGUUUUUCACUAUUAGGCUCCACCCGCACAGCACAUAUUCUGCUCAACUUUAGUAUAAUGAAUUGUAACUCAUUUAUAAGUCAACUUGUUACGCUUUUUCAUGAAGUUUCUAAUAAUUUUGAUAAUUUAGUAUUCCUAUUUUACUUAUUUGAAGAUAUCCAUGCAAAUAAUUCUGUAUGAAUUUUUGUCAUAGUUUGUCAAAUCAAAAACCAUUGAACCAUUUACAUAUCUAUGUUUUUAUAUAUUUAAAAGGUGGUAAUUGUAUUAACUACAAGUAAAAAUACUCGUUAAUUAUAGAUUUAGUUUUAAAAACAGUAAUGAAUUGUUACUCAAAUUGCUUGUUUUUCGUCAAGUUUCUAAUAACUUUGAUUCUUUCCUAUUGAUAUUUUACUAAUUGAAGAUAUCCUAUGGAAAUAAUGCUCUAGAAUUGUUGUCAUAAUUUGUCAAUUCAAAAUUGUUUGUUUACCAUUGUUUACCUAUGUUUUUUUAUAUUUAAAAGAUGAUAAUUGUAUUCACUACAAAUUAAAAUAUUGGCCAAGUAUAGAUUUAGUUUAAACUCUCGAGUUUUAAAACAUUCAUGAAUUGUUACUUAAGUUGGGAAGUGAAUUGUUAUGUUUUUUUGUUAAGUUUCUAAUAAUUUCGUUAAUUAAUUAUUGCUAUUUUACUGGUUUGAAGAUAUCAAUAAUUCUUUUUGAAUGUAUGCCAUAGUUUACUUAAUCAAAACCCGUUGAUUCAUUUGACUACGGUUUUAUACAUUUCAGAGGUGAUAAAUGACACGUACGGUAAUUUUCUAAUCCUGGUUCUCAUAUGUUACAUGUGAAACAUAUGAACAACCUAAUUAAUUAAUAAAGUUAAUCAAAAUAGAAAA